AGAACCAGGAGUGAAGUUUAUGGUGAAGAAGAUGGACCCUACUAGAAUUUCAAAAGAACACGCACACUGUGUCAGAACACUUUUUGGACAUCUAGAAAAUGCAGAUUUGCAUGAUACAUCCUUUGAAAAUCAAGAAGCAAAGUUAAUGCCAGAAUCAUGUAGAAGUAUGGAACAAGCUCUCCAAAGAGUUGUGCAGAAGGAAGUCCUGCGUGUCAGGGGAAGAGCACCACUAAGACCAGAAAAAGCUGCAAUGGAGGCAUUAGGAAUGGAUCUGUACAAAAGAAACAAACCUGAGAAGCAGCCAUUCGCCCAUCUCAUUAUUGAUGAUAAGAAUAUUCCAUCUGGAACUCGCAAAGUGAACCUCACAUCCUGGCAUCAUGACAAAGGCCAGGCAAACUUAUCAAAUAUGACAUUCAAAGAUGGAAAGCUGACUGUAAAUCAAGAUGGUUUUUACUACCUUUAUGCCAACAUUUGUUUUAGACAUCAUGAAACUUCAGGAAACCUGACUAAAAGAGGGCUCCAGCUGAUGGUAUAUAUGACAAAGACAAACCUUAAAAUAAGGCGCUCUGAUGUGUUGAUGAAGGGAGGAAGCACCAAAUACUGGUCAGGGAAUUCAGAAUUUCAUUUUUAUUCAGUAAAUGUGGGAGGGUUUUUUAAAUUAAAAUCUGGUGAAAUGAUAAGUAUCCAGGUAUCAAAUCCAUUGCUACUGGAUUCAUCACAAGAAGCAACUUAUUUUGGGGCAUUUAAAGUUAGGGAUUUAGAUUAA